AUGCCCCACAUAAUUGUGCUGCUGCAAUCGACGCAUCAUUGGGCUUCCCGUACUUAUCUCGAGUAUGAGAGCAUUGACGAUUGCAUGGACGCCCUGUGCCGCAUUUUCGAGGGUUUCAUGAGGCUUAAGAACUUGUACGUGGACAACAAGAACUACCUACUGGAGCUGUUCAACUUUCUAGACACCCUGGAGGACAUCUCCUGCGUGGUGAUGCAAGGCGACUCCAACAUGUACACGCCACACAACAAGCUUUGGAUCAAGGAGCAGCUAUUUCUACGAUUGGAUCGCCUUGAUUGUGAUGGCAUGGGCUACUGA